GUAUUGCAAAAAAGUACUUGUUCCUCGCUCACUGAUAUGUAUCAAGUACCAGGAUUAUAGCAAACGCUCUUUUUAAAGGACUCUUUACAUCAAAAGAAACAUACACCAAACUUUGGUUAUACAUUACGGACACCAGAAAGUCGAAUGCGACGCAUAAUUUCUAACUUGGAUUUUAUAUCAGAAUUUGGCCACAGCGAAGAGAGUGUUCUGUUCUUGUUACCCAGACGUCCACGCAAGUCCUGAAAAUGGUGCAAUUGCUGAGCCGCUUCCCGCUUCUCAUAAUCGUUCUUUUCGGAUUCUCAAGACAGAUGUACCCGGCUACAGCGGGAGUGAUCCCGCUCGGGAGUACGAUGCCGCCUGGAGAAAAUGGGACGUCGUUGGAAUGUGGCAACGGUACCUUCAGAGAAAUUACGUACCUGGCAUCGGGACGAGCAAGUCACAAGUGUAUACCGUGUUCAAACUGCCCAUGUGGUGUCAAAACAAUGCGAGAGUGUAACUCUACGAUGGAUACUGUAUGCGCUCAACAGUGUGAAGAUCCAAGCGCUGUCAUCAACCGAACUCUGAGGGCGUGUGUCUCAUCGCUUGGAGAAGUUGAAAAUUGCUCCCAUAGCGAACAAAGUGUCAACCUCAGCAAUGAUUACCCGACAACAAUGACAGUAUCAACCUUUGCUUUGGAGACCGUCACUGCGAGAUCGAAAGCAAAUAUAUCACCCAUUCGUGCAUUCGGCAUCUCUUCGGGAGUCGUCGCAUGUAUCGCCCUCGGUUCAGCGGUGAUCAUUUUGAUUGCCCGCAGAAGAGGUAACCUCAUUGCUUCUCCAAACAAGCUUUGCUGUACACGGUCAUCUCUACCUCAGCGUAAUCCAAUAAACCAAAGGAAGUCUUCUAAAUACGCAUUUACUUCUUUGGCUGAGCCAUAUCAGCAGAGGUGCGAAAAUUUCAUGGAUGGAUUAAGCACUGCCAAUUCAAUUACAUUAAAUUCUGUUAUUAGUUUGGAUAUAAUUUCUGUGGUUAAAAUGGAUUGUGAUAUUGCUGACGAGGAGGGAGAACUGAUGAAUUCCUCAGAUCUUCCUGUCGCCGAAGAUAUUAAUGUAAAUACAGAUGGAGAGGACCCUUACUGGUUGGUGAUGCGAGGCUGGUUCACGCCCCAAGGUGGCGUGCUCCGAUGCAAAGAAUCGGAUGUCUACUUAGAAAUACCUCCAGGGGCGAUACCGAAAACUGUAAAACGACAGGAGAUAGUAGCCAAAGUGGCUUUGGUCACAUCCAGAUUCGACUUCAAGCUUAAGAAGGAUGAGGUGUGUCUGUCUCCAGUAGUUGAACUCCUAUCGCCUGGACUUGCUUCUUUCGAGAGCAGGGUAGUCAUCCAUAUACCGCAUCGAGCGCGCAUGGACCCUGAUUGGAAUUUUAAGGUUCACUAUACCUGUUCUCAUGGAAAGACAGAAGAACCUUGGAAAACAAUCGACGAGGAUGUUGACAACCGUCGCAGUUUUUCCUUAAAGCCUUUCCACUCAGAUGUCUCUUUUCGGACGAACAAAACUCACUUUGUCAUCGAAACCACGCACUUCUCGAAAUACGCUUGCUCCGGUUGCGGCAAGAAACGGCACCUCAAUCUAGAAGCGCUUGUCUCCGCAAAAUAUCUGAAUCUGCCUAACCGCCAACAGGUUGACUUGAACUGCUACAUUGCGGAUACUAUCAAAGACUACUGGCAUCGGGUUAAUGAAAAUGAAGGACAGCGCCCUCGCUCGGAGAGGCAUCCUAUUCAUUUGAAGAGCAAAGAGCCACUUGUAGUUUCUCUCUUGACGGAAAGCGAGACUGAACGAGAUGGUGGCGAAUGGAUACCAUGGACUCUGGGGGGACAUAGGCCAACAACUGUGGCGAUUCCAAUACGGAAUAUUGUUCGAUGUUGCUCCGAUGCCGUGCCGUACUUUGUGACGUUUUCAUUGAGACCAAAGACAUCAAACAGCCCGUCGAUGCCAUCGCGUCUCUUUGAGUCAGCGGUUUCUUACAAACAGAAGGAGACCGGUUUGGACCUACCGAUUACAAUUGCCUUCGAUCUGAGGGGGCACGCCUGCAAUACCCAUUCAUCAGUGUCAUCAACUCCUGGUAUCAUCAGUCCCACCCUCGUGAGAAAAGUGGCUGUUCAAAUUCCCUUGAAUAAGUGGAAAGAUUUAUGCCGCCGUCUCCUCAUCGGUGAUAACCACAUCGAAUCACUGAUCGAAGAGCUGCAGACGAAGCACAAUGACGUCAGAGAGGUGAAGUACCAGAUGCUUCUUAUGUGGCGUCAAAUGAAAGGGAAGGAUGCCACCUGCUGUAGACUGAGUCAGUCGUUGAGGGCGUGUGGACUUGUAAACAUUGCAGAAAAUGUAGACGAUGGAUCCCUCGAUAUGGAAAUGGAUUCGCAAAGUUUGUCGGAUGCAUAGCGAUUUCAUUCAAUCCUGUAUUGCCGGAAAUAUUAGGGCAUUUGAUUCUUUUGAUCAUUAUGUUUUGUGUCGCAAGUCGCAUAUUUAUGAUACCGGAUACUACAGUUAGGCAAUUGAUUUUCUAGAUCAUACACACUUAAAAUGUUGAGCAAUAUACUGUCCACUGUGUUGGGUAGUGUAUGUUGGGAAAAUACAUAUUCUGGGAAUUUUUAUAUCAAAUUAAGCACAUUCAUUAUUCAAUUAUUAGUUUUAAUUACCCAAUUCGGGUAGAUUUUAGCCAAAAGUUGUGUGGACAGUAUGUUGCCUAGGGUGGGUUAUAAUUUGGGAUUUUUGCCCAACUAUUUUAAGAGUGUAGUAUUGUUUUCUAAAGCAAGUUACACAAUUAUGGAUUGGUGUUUUUUAUUUGUGUGGCUUAGUUGUUUAUGAAAUAUUAGUAUCUAUUAUUUCAUUAACGGUAAUCAAAAUGAUGGCAGAGAGAUCGGGAAUGCCCAAAGGGAAACAUGAUACCCUUUAUUAUUGAAUAGUUUUAUAGAUUACAUUUCUGAGAUUUUUGAAGACCUAUAAAUAGAUAGUCAUGGAAUUAGGGAGUUGUUCUUGUGUAUAGUUUAUUUGUUAUGGAAUAAAUACUAUAAACAGUAUUUAUUAUUUCGUAAUGGUCGAUCAGAUAAAAUGGCGGCGAGAUCUGGAAUACCCCAAGGGGCAACAUCAGACACGUUAUUAUUAAUUUGUUUUGUAAAUGAAAUUUGUAAGAUUUUGAAAGUCUUAAUAGAUUAUUACAGAAGAAUGAUGCACUAUUUAUGGUUUAAUAACAAUAAUAAUAAUAUUCCGCAUUCAUAUAGCGCUUAAUACAUCGAAACGACGUCUCUAAGCGCUUUACAUAAUUAUUAUUACCCCGGUCAUCAGAUCCUUGCAUGCCCGCAUACAAAUGUAUGCACCUUCUCCACUCCCUGGGGAGCAUUCCAACAAGAGUUCCAAGACUCAAUUGCUAGGCAUACUACAUAAUAGGCUUUCACAUCCUACCGGGUACCCAUUUAACACCUGGGUGGAGAGUGGCAAAGUGUGGAUUAACGCCUUGCCAAAGGACGCUAGGUCAUGAUGUGAUUCGAUCACACGACCCUCUGAUUACAAGGCGAGAGACAGAACCGCUACACCACGACGCUUCCACGUUCAUAGCUAAUACCUAUGAGGCGCCGAAUGUACCAAUAUUA